AUGGAAUUAUAAAAUUAUACAAAUUAUACUCCCCACACUUGGCUUUAAGAUGUACCAGUUAAACUGACUAUCUCUAAUUUAUGGGACGGAAACAAUGUACUGGAUUCACUCAUUGAUGAUCCCAAUAAAGACGAGCAACUUAUUAUUGUGGCCUCGCUCUACAUCAAUGGCCAGUUACAGUACCCAACCAAGACAUUUAAGGCAUUUAGCAGGCACUCCUUACAAAAAUAAGAAACCAUUUUUUUUAAUUCCAAUAUUAAGGACUUAUCAUACAAUUCCUUAAUAGCCUUGAGUAUAUACAGCACUCAAUAGAAAUAUGAAGAGGCAAAACCCUUGGGAUCAACGACCUUCCCUUUGUUUGAUGAAAAUUUGAAAUUAAGAGAAGGAAAAAUCAAUUUGCUUAUUUGGCCGAAUACCCAACCAGACACAAGUUUUAACUCCAAAACACCAGGGCUUGUUAAGGAUAGAAAUAUUUAGGACUUGAAUUUUUGUACUAGAAAAAUAGAUGAAGUUUCAAAAGGAGAGUAGAAUGACACCAAUAAAAAUUUAUCAAAGUAAAACCUUCAGAUUAGAUUGUAUUAUCUAAGCAAGAUAAUACCCACAGCAUUUCUAGAAGUGCAAUUGGAUCAAUAUUUCCAAUAACCCAUUCUUUUUGAGGACUAUGAAUAUCCUCAAAACGAUACGGAAUAAUAAAUAAUCGGUGGGGGAUAUUAUAAAUAACCCGAAGAUCAAAUCGCUAAUCAAGCAAAAGCACCUACCCAAAGAAUCUUCAUUGAUCAAAAUUAAUUGAGUGACACCUUCAGAACCAGUGACUUUGAUUAGGAGUUUGGCAAACCUGAUCCUAUCCAUGAUAUGAUGAACUUAAUUUUGAGAUACAGUGAUCAUCCAGAAACAUUAAAACCAUAAAAAGAUGAAGAGGAAAAAAUGAGGAAAAUGAUGGCUCGACCUUUGAUCGGAGAACUCAAAAGUGAUGAUAAACAACUAUUUGUUAAAUAUCGAUAUUGGGCUAUGCAAUAUGGAAGUGCUUUGCCAUUCUACCUCCACUCAGUUGCUUGGCAAAAUCAAAAGGAAGAAUAGGAUGCAUUAACCUUAAUGAAAAAGUGGUCUCCUAUUGACAGAGAGGAUUGUCUCUUUUUAUUGUCUUCAUUCUUUUGUGCAAGUGAAUUUAAAAAAAAAUAUGCUGUCGAGCAAUUAGGUAAGUUGAGUGAUGAAAAAAUUGAAAAUGUUUUAUUGUAAUUAGUGUAGGCAUUAAAAUAUGAGCCUUUUGAUUAGAAGUCAGAACUUGUUAAUCUAUUGUUCGAUAGAGCCAUCAAAUCUAAAUCACUAGCUACCUAUUUGUAUUGGUAUCUUCAUGUAGAAAAAGAUGGCUGGAGUGCUGAUUCCAAGAACACUAUUCUAGGCUUUUAUUAUACUACAUUCUAAGGUAUUCUAAUACAUUAAACAAUAAAUUAGAUUUUGAAAGAAUAUAUUUAGGGACAAACCAAAUUUAGAUCAAAACUGCAAAGUCUAGCCACUGAAAUCAGAUCUCUCAAAAACGAUAGGCAAUUCAGAAUAAACUACAUUAAAAAUCAAUUGUCAUAAUCGGCCUAUUAAAAUUCAUCAGAAUUGCCAUAGCAUCCAUGCUGUCUCUAUCCUGAAUAUGAAUUGAUUAGAGCUGUCCCAGAGCGAACUACCAUAUUUUCAUCGGCCAUGGCUCCAAUUAGAUUGGGAUUCCAUGUAAUUAAAGGAGAUGAGGAAUCUGAGAUUAAAUUAAUCUUUAAAAAUGGAGAUGAUUUAAGAUAAGAUCAAUUGGUAAUGUAAAUUUUUAAUUUAAUGGAUGAAUUACUUAAAGGAGUUAGUUAAGAUAUGAAAUUAUUACCUUAUAGAAUACUUGCCUGUUCUAAAAGUGAUGGAUUCUUAGAAUUCGUACCUGAUAAUGUAACACUUCAAGAAAUCAUCAUCAAAAAAAAUCAAGGAAUGCAACCUUAUUUAAGAUAGAUUUCAGAAGAUAAAUUGAAUCCUUAUUAUUGGAAGACAUUGACUUUGAAAAAUAAUGAUUAAAAAGAUCCUGACAAUCUUAAAAUUAUACAAGAUCAUAUUGAUUAGGUUGUUAAAAAAGCCCCAUAUGGUAUUAAUCCAACCUUUAUGACGAAUUACAUCUAUUCUAGUGCAGGAUAUUGUGUCUUAACAUAUUUCCUAGGAAUUGGAGAUAGACAUCUAGAGAAUUUAUUAAUUAACAAUGAAGGCAAGAUGUUUCAUAUUGAUUUUGGGUUCAUCUUGGGCAAAGAUCCAAAACCAUAUCCUCCUCCAUUUAAAUUGUGUCCAGAAAUGGUGGAAGCCAUGGGAGGAUAGAAAUCAGAUUUAUACACUUUGUUCAAAUCAAAAUGUGUCGAGGUUUAUGUCUACUUAAGAAGAUAUGCUAAAUUGAUUAUAAAUCUAUUUCUUUUGAUGGCUGAUGCUGGUAUUAAAGACUACAGUUAAGAAGCAAUAGAAUAGAUGUAUGAAAAAUUUAGAUUGGAUGACAGUGAUGAAAAUGCUGAAAUUCACUUUUUAGGCUUACUAGAAGAGUCCAUUAACUCGUUAUUUGCUAAAAUGACUGAUAAGUUACAUUUCUGGGCUAGUUAUAUGAGAAAAUGA